UUCGUUAAAAAAACGUCCGCAGUGCUGAUGUUGAUUUAAAGUCGUGUCACUGCAAAAACAAAAUAAUAUGUUUUAUUUAUUUACUUAAAAUACAAUAAUAUGUAUUCGUUUUCAUUACACAAUAAAUCAAAAUUAAAUGUAUUAGUGUAAAAAGUGUAUGAAAUUUCAUGUGCCAUUGAAGAGAAUUUUAUUUUGAAACGUGAAGACUGAAUUUUUGAGGUUAUACAGUGGUCCAUUAUGGCUGGAUAUACUAAUCAAGAUAAUUAUUGGUCUCAACCACAACAAAAUCAAUAUAAUUUUGAACCAACUGGUUUUGGACAACAAGAUCAACAAUUUGAAUUUCAAUCAUACAGUGAUCAACAAGCUGUGGAUUAUUCAUAUACGCAAAAGGGAUUUCUCGAUCCUACACAAAGUGCUUAUGGAAAUGAUGUUUAUGGUCAGGAUAGUUUUACUAAAGGUCCAAAUGAUUUUACAGACGAGGAAAAUGAACCACCACUUCUUGAAGAAUUAGGAAUAGAUCCAGAUAGAAUUAUUCAGAAAACUCUGGCCGUAUUAAAUCCAUUUCAUCGACGUGGACAAACUGAUGAUGCAAAUUAUCUUCUACAGGAUUCGGAUUUAGCUGGUCCAGUAGCUUUUUGCUUGAUUCUUGCUGCUUUUCUAUUAUUAGCCGGAUCAAAAGCACAUUUUGGCUAUGUUUAUGGACUUGCAGUGACAUCAUGUCUUCUCAUGUAUAUUCUUCAAUCGCUAAUGAGUAGCACUGGUAACAUUACACUUUCAUCAGUUGCAUCAGUGUUAGGAUAUUGUAUAUUGCCUGUUGUUGGUUUAGCUGGAAUUGCUAUUUUUACAACACUUCGUGGUCCAAUUGGUUUAAUUCUUUCUGCAAUGACAGUUGGAUGGGCUUCACUUUCUGCAUCGCGAUUAUUUUCAGCAAUGUCCGGCGAGGAUAAGCAACGUUUACUUAUUGCUUAUCCCUGUAUCCUUUUGUAUGGUGUUUUUACUUUGUUAGUCAUAUUUUAAAUACGUCGUUAUAAUCGUCUUAUUAAAUAUAAUAUUCAAUUUUUCAAAAUGAAAAUUAUUUUUUCAUCUUAUAUUUGAGUUGAAUUUGUUUUUUUGAAUGUAAAAUAAUUGGAAAAUUUUGUAAAUCAUCCUUUUUGGAAUCAAGUGAAUUAUUUUUUGUGUACAGUCAUUUUUGAAAAAUAAUAAAAAGAUAAGGUCUUAUUUUUGAA